UUUAAUAUUAAUUGGGUCAUGAAAAACAAAAGUUAUCUUGGUAAUACAUUCUCAAAAGAGCAAAAUGCAUUAAAUUACAAUAAAUAAGAGAAUCCACAUAAUAUCAUUUUCUUCACAUGUUUAGCAAAAAAUGUAAAUUAAAAGAUUUAUUUUUUGGCAAAAUAUAUUUUAUUGUUUCAUGAAACUGUCAUUUUGUAAUUUCAUUGACAAGUUAUAAACAAAGUUCAGUUUUAGUUAACAUUCGCUUAACUUUAUUGUUAGUGUAUUGAUUUCAGACGAAGUAACAAUUAUUUACUUUACAGUGUCGGAUUUGGGAAGCAAGAGGAAACGUGUUUUUACUAGUUUUUGCAUGAAUCUUAUAUGUAUUCAAUGUAUUUAAAAUAAUCACCAAACUGGGAAUAUAACAAAAGAAAAUAUAUGUUGGACUUUUAAGGUUUUAAUAUUUCAAGAUUUUUCAGAUUUUGAAAACUCAGAAGAACAAAAUGGAGACUGUAAGGAUGGUGAAGUUACCAUACUUUUUCAUAUUUUGUCUUCUCUUAAUCAUUAUCUGGUUAUUGUCUCAUCAUCCCUCAUGUUCCCCAUAUAUGAGUACCAUUCGAGGAACAGAAUUCUCGCACAUUCCACCUGAAUCUUCAGGCUUAUCGAGUUUACUAAAAGAAGCAGCUACAGAAGAUAAUACUGUGAUUAUUACCAUGGUAGAUCGAGAAUGGGCAAAACCAGCAUCUCUUCUUGAUCUGUUCCUUGAGAGUUUUCGGAUUGGAGAAAGAACCAAACACUUGCUGAAUCAUUUGAUUGUUGUGGCUCUAGAUAAUCAAGCUCUUCGAUAUUGUUGUCGUGCCCAUCCUCGUUGUUAUCUUCAUACAGGUUCUGGAAAGAAAAUUGGAUCUGUAAACCCAGAUGGUCUUAUUGCCGGUUGGAAUAAAAAGGCUUUGGUGAAAGAGAUUCUAGAACUCGGCUAUAACAUGAUAUUUACUGAAGCUGAUGUGAUAUGGCUAAGGAACCCUCUAAUGCACUGUCAUCCACAUAAUUCAGUCUCAGUGGCUUGCGGGUUCUCAUCAAGUGAUGAACAACAUGUUACAGCAGAAAAUACAGGAGGUUUUUUCUAUGCCAAGUCUAAUGAAAUAACCAUAGACAUGUUCAAGAUCUUGAACGUAGAGAGAGUUUUGUAUCCUUCAACUGGAAACCAAUCCUUCUGCGACAUUGUCAAGCGGGAAGAUGUAAUUCGUGGGCUUAACAUGAAAGUAACGUACUUGGAUGACGAUAAUUUUGUGAGGUUUUGUCAACCAAAUAGGCAAAACCAAAGCAAGAUAACUACAGUUCAUGCAAGUUGUUAUGAUGAUACAAAGAGUAAGGUGCAGUACCUUAAGUUGCUUCUCCAAGACCGGAAAAUAUGACUCCACGUUGGAGAAUUCAGAGACAACGAUGAUUAUUUUCUUUAUACUUAUAUCAUUAAUAGAACAAUUUUUUGUGUGAGAUAAGUAUGUGAAUUCAUUACUGGGUAAUGGACAAGGAAAUACAAUAAUUUGGAUCUAAAUCUUGAUAAACAGCAAAAAUUAUAGAUAGGCAGAUAAGGAAUAGGAUUCAAGGAUUCAGAUCCUCCAACCCAACUCUCUCCACUACUAUGAUGCAAGCUUGGUUCCGCUAUGCAUGAUCGGCUUUCCACUCACCAUCUUUUCUCCUACAUCGGAUUCUCCGGACGCUGAAAGACGUCAUCCACCAUCGACGAGUUUGGACUUUUCAGCUCCUCUUGGGCUUUACUAAUGGAAGUUUCCAAAAUAUGAGUUUUUAAACUAUGUGUAUUAAAAAAACUAAAGUCAUCUGGGCUUGUAAACAUUUUAUGUUUUUUUGCUAUUUAAUAUGAAAGCCAAAGUUCAAAAAAAAAAGAAAGAAAAAACAGCAAAAAUUGUACUCCUAAGCCGAAAGUAGUGUUUUUAAAACCGGACUGGAAGCUGAACCGGAUAAUUUUUGGGUCACGGUUCAAUAUGGUUCGAC